AUGGACGCACUGCCUUCUGGAAAUGCAAAGCGUUGGUCAAAUGUUAGGCUCCUUCGCUUGGGUAUCAUGGUUCUGCUGGCAAGUCUGCUGGCCGGUACCACGACCAUCACAUUCCACUUCACGCGCGCCGCCUCCUCGACCUACCUUUCUAGCCUGGUGCACUCCUACCAAGAAGAGAUUCUUCUGCAUAUUUCCAGCAGCGUCUCUCAGCUGCUGGAUGAGGCAGAGCCAUGCGGCACAACCUUUGCGCAGUUUCUCGAUGUGAUUCACAGCCCAGGCCUCAACCUGACAGUGGAUCAGAAACAGGAUCUCACAGCAUCCUCCCUGAGGAAAACGUUCCAGAGCUGCAACACAGUCUCCGGCCUGGGACUCACAACGGAGGAGGGGCCCUACGUGAUUGUCAAUUCUGUUGACAAUGCAACAAGCCCCUAUGCUAACACAAGUCUGCUGUGGACCUUUGCAAAUCAGACCCUGCCCAAGGGCCAGGCACCCCCACGCUAUGUAACGUAUGUGUCUCGAGCUGACGGAAGCUUUGUUGCCAACGUCGCUCCUGACGUCCCUGUCGACAUCCGCAACCGGCCUUUCUACCGAACCGCAUUGAAUAGCCCCGAUGGACUAGCGGUCCAAAUACUCGUCGGGGCAACACGGCACCCUCUUCUGGUCGUUGCCAACCGUUACAUGCUGCCUGGAUCGAACAAGGUUCUCGGGGUUAUUUCCAGUGCGCUGUAUCUGACAGCCAUCGAAGACUUCGUCGAGGGGCUCGAUCUCAAAGGGGGCGACAUGUUCGUUCUAAACGGGACAACGCUCGUAGCAGAUUCGGUGCACGACUACCGCCAGGCCAAUCAGUCAGGAACACCGACUCUGCUUCACGCAAGCCAGUCGAGUAGCCCCCUCAUCAGGGGAGCAUUUGCGCUCCUCUCGACGCAGUUGACUGACUGUGAUAUAGGCCCGAUACAAGCACGCCUUCAGGGGGGGCGCUAUAGCAUCGCGUGUAAGGAUAUAGCUUAUACCGGGCUUUCGCUCAAGCUGGUCACGAUUCUUCCAAGGAAGGCCGUCUACGGGAAGCUCGAUACGCAGCAGCGGUAUGCCACGUUCAUCAUCAGCUCAGUGACAGCUGGCAUUUGUGGGCUGGGUUUCCUGGCUAUCAUAUACCUGACAGACCCUAUAAGUAAGGCUAUGCGAUUGAAGGCGGAGCUGCUUCAGAGUUUCGAGGCGAAGCGGCAAGCCGAGGCGAGGGAAGAGUUUAAGACCAACUUCUUUGCGAAAACUAGUCACGAUCUACGAACUCCCUUGGCCGCGAUGCUGGGCAUACUGGACAUCAUUCAGGAGUCAGGUCUGGAAGCGGAGCAGUCGGUCCGGGUGGCUCAGGUCAAGGAGUGUACCGUCGGUCUCCUGAACCUGCUAAACGAUAUACUGGAUUUCAGCAAGAUUCAAGCAGGGCAGCUGCAGCUGGAGACCGUGGAGUUCGACCUGGGCGCUCUGCUGGAGUCUUUGGUGGACGUGUUUACAGUACAGUGCACUAUGAAGGGUGUCGAACUCGGACUGGACAUGCCAGAGCUGCCCCCGCUAGUUCGUGGCGACCCGACGCGCUGUCGCCAGAUCUUCAUGAACCUUCUCAGCAACAGCAUCAAGUUCACAAAGGAGGGCUACAUCCUGAUCCGGUGCUACUUGGAAAACGACAAUCAGAGCCCUCGCGACUCUCCUCUCUGGUCCAGCUCGGGGCGAAACCCCUCCCAGUCUUUAACCUCCCCACCAACAGUGAGCCCACUGGUUCGUCUGCGGUUCGAACUCGAGGACUCCGGAUGCGGCAUUCCGCCGGACAAGCGCGCCGUCGUGUUCCAGGACUACGCCCAGGCGGAACUGUCCACCACGCGCGAGCACGGGGGAACCGGGCUGGGCCUCGGAAUCGUACGAACCCUCGUCGAAAUGAUGGGGGGUUCGAUCGCGAUCGGCGACAAGACCGGCCCCGGGACGCUCUUCCGCUUCGACCUCGCCUUCGCGGCCGCGCGGCCGCCCCCGCUGUCGCCAUUGAAACCCCCGGGGGAUCCCCCCGUGCACUUCAACGUAGUGCUCGGCAUCUCGAGCUUUCUCACCCGGUCGCUCUCGGCGGCCUCCAUGCGGCGGCACGGCGCGACGGUGGUGGAGGCGCUGUGCUGGCGUGACGUCAUCGAGGCGCUGGGCAGCCUCGCGGAGCAUUCGCGCGGCCCGGGGCUGGCCGCCGGGCGCGCGCUCGCGCAGAAUUGGGCGUACGGCGACGCACACCAGCCGGGCGCGGUUCCGGUUCCGGCGAUCAGAGUCCGGCGCGCGCAGUCUAUGCUGUUCCGCCGGUUUCCCUCGAUGACGACCAGAAAAGCGCACGCGCCGGCGGUAGUGGACCUCGAAGCCGGACGAAGCGUGCGGAGCAAGGAUAGGUUCUCCGCGCCGGGGGGGGUCUUGGCGGGCGUGGAGCUACCCCCCAGGCCGCGGUCGCCACCUGCUGCCCCGAACAGCAAGGUUGUCGACUGUGCGAUCCUGGCGUUCUCCCUGCUUCCCAAGGACCUGACCAUGAAGGAGUUGGAAGGAUAUCUGGCGCAGGUUCAUCACGUCCUUGGGAACUCAGGAAUUCAAGGCGGGGCGCACCUGCCGGUCGCAUGGGUGGUCAAGGCUUCCACGCCCGUCUGCGUUUGGGACACGCUGCGAAAGGCGGGCUUCUCGACGAUCGCCACCAAACCGCUGUACGAAUCCAAGCUGCAGCGCCUGCUGCACACGAUGGCCGGAACGGAACCAGGCCCAGCGACGAUACCGGAAUCCCCCGAGCCGCUCGGCAGCCCGGGGGAGAGCUUCAGGCAGGGAGACAAGCCGGGGGCCGAGCCGUCGGGGCAUUCCGUUGCACGGGACGGCGGAGAGGGCGCGGAAUGGGCGGAACGUCGAGGCGCGCGCGCGGGGGCCGAGCCGUCGGGGAGUUCCGUUGCAGGGGACGACGGACAGGGCGCGGAAUGGGCGGAACGUCGAGGCGCGCGCGCGCGCGCGGGCCGAGAGGCACUGGGACCGGUGGAGGAACCGGAAGUCGAACGGAGUGACGGAGCAGCGGUUUUGAGCGUCCCCUCGAAGAAAGAAACGGAGGGUUUGAGCCUCCCUUUGAAAGGACGAACCGUUUUGAUCGCCGAAGAUAAUGACCUUCUGCGGAAGCUUGCAGUCCAGGCGAUGGUGAGAUUGGGCGCGCGCGCCGUCGCGGUCGAGAAUGGGCGCCUGGCCGUGGACGAGAUCGAGCGGCGGGCCGCGGCCGGCGAGGGGAGGUUCGACUUCGUGCUUAUGGAUUUCAUGAUGCCCGUCAUGGACGGUCUUGCGGCGACGCGACUGGUGCGCGACCUCGAGCGCGCGCGCGGGAUGGGGGACCACGUGGUCAUCGUCGCGCUCACGGCGGGCGCGUCGUGGGACGACCAGCGCGCGUGCAUCGAAGCGGGGAUGGAUGUGUACCUCACGAAGCCCAUUGAUACAUCCAUGCUCCUUGGGAAAGUGCUGCCGCUACUAGGGGGAGAAAGCUCGCGUGUACAGAUUGAGCACUGA